AUGAUGAAAUUAGACGAAUGUUUGGAGUUAUUAUAUAAGGGUCAGUUGUUGCCGGAAGCUACGAUACGUGCGCUUAGUUAUAAAUUAAAGGAGAUGCUAGUGCAACAGUCCAAUGUGAUUCAUAUUUCUACCCCAGUGACUGUUGUGGGAGAUAUACAUGGGCAAUUCCAUGACCUUCUGGAGAUCUUCCACAUUGGCGGUCCAGUUCCCAAUACGAAUUAUUUAUUCUUAGGUGAUUAUGUUGAUAGAGGACUUUAUAGUGUGGAAACGAUAACGUUAUUAAUGGUUCUAAAGUUAAGAUACCCGAACCGUAUCCAUCUUUUAAGAGGAAAUCAUGAAUCCAGACAAAUCACACAGAGUUAUGGGUUUUACACAGAAUGCUUAAACAAAUAUGGAGGGAAUUCAAAAGUUUGGAAUUAUCUAACAGAUUUUUUCGACUACCUUGUACUAUGUUGCAUCAUUGAUGAUGAAUUAUUUUGUGUCCAUGGAGGUUUGUCACCAAAUGUACAAACCAUCGACCAAAUCAGAAUUAUUGAUCGUUUUAGAGAAAUUCCUCAUGAUGGUGCAAUGGCUGAUCUAGUCUGGUCUGACCCUGAAGAUAAUCCAAUUAUUGACCCUACUGCGACUAGUGAAGGUUUCUACUAUGAGCCAUCACAGCAUUUUCAAGUCUCACCUCGUGGUGCCGGAUAUACUUUUGGCAGAAGCGUAGUGGAAAAGUUUUUACAAUUGAAUAACAUGUCUCGAAUCUAUCGUGCCCAUCAAUUAUGCAAUGAAGGAUUUCAAAUCUACUUUGAUGGAUUGGUUACUACGGUAUGGUCGGCUCCAAAUUAUUGCUAUCGUUGUGGAAAUAAAGCAUCUAUUCUAGAACUAUACAGUAAAGACGUAUAUUAUUUCAAUGUUUUUGAAGAAGCUCCAGAAAACAAGAGUUUAAACGAAGGUAGCACUACCAAAGUAAUUCAGGAAUAUUUCAAUAAUGACAACAAUAUUUCAUCUUCCCAGCUGUCGUUGAUGGACGGAUUUGAAGCUAUGGAAGAGUCAAUGGAUCUCUUCUCGGAUGCUUACCAAGCAAGAUCAGCAGCUUCAAGAAAGGUAGAAUACUUCUUGUAA